UGGCACAAUCCUUCUCUGUCAGUCUCCCUGCCACCCCCUCGUUCUCUUUCCUCCUUCCCUGCUCUCCAUCCUGCCUCUCCGCAUCGCUCCCUCUCGCUUCCCUCUCUCCUCCUCCUUUCUUCUCCCUGUCACGCAUCUCUCAUCCACCCCCUCAUCCUGGCUUUCCACCCACUCGCGCUCUCUCUCCACCUCCGACCGACCCCCCUUCUCCCUCUGUUCUUAUUGGCUUCUUAUAGUCCCCUGCCCCUCUUUUCUCCAGCUCCUGAGGCUUCUCCCUCCACCCCCAUCCCACCCCUGCCCACGGACCCCCAUCUGGGCCCCUGCCCCCCAGGUCGUGUCCUGGAGAUGGGGGGUGACGUGCCGGGAGCCAGUGGGAAGUCAGGGCCGGAGACCAGAUGGGAGAGGCUCUGUGGGCAGACGCGGCCGCUGCGGGCCUAGGAGGAACCAACCGAGCCCGCCAGUCGUCUGGAAGUGGGUGCCAUGCGGGACCCCAGCAAGGGGUGCUCUGGGGGCACCUGGGACUGGGCAGGCAGAGGGGCCAGCAGCAUGAUAAGCAGCCUGGUGGCACGGAGGGGAGCCCGCGCCCAUGGCAGGCCCACAGCUGACUGCUGACCACCGUCCCCCAGCCAUGGACACCCCUGGCUACCCUGCACCGGUGCCCACCACCUUGGAAGCCGCGAACACCUCCUCCCCCUGGCCCGUGGAUGCCACGCCGGGAAAUGUGUCCGAGGGCCCGAGCCAGGCUGGGCUGGCCGUCAGCGGCAUCCUGAUCCCCCUGGUCUACCUGGUGGUGUGCGUGGUCGGCCUGCUGGGCAACUCGCUGGUCAUCUACGUGGUCCUGCGGCACACCGCCAGCCCAUCGGUCACCAACGUCUACAUCCUCAACCUGGCGCUGGCCGACGAGCUCUUCAUGCUGGGGCUGCCCUUCCUGGCCGCCCAGAACGCCCUGUCCUACUGGCCCUUCGGCUCCCUCAUGUGCCGCCUGGUCAUGGCCGUGGACGGCAUCAACCAGUUCACCAGCAUCUUCUGCCUCACCGUCAUGAGCGUGGACCGCUACCUGGCCGUGGUGCACCCCACCCGCUCGGCGCGCUGGCGCACGGCGUCCGUGGCCCGCACGGUCAGCGCGGCUGUCUGGGUGGCCUCCGCUGUGGUGGUGCUGCCCGUGGUGGUCUUCUCGGGCGUGCCGAGGGGCAUGAGCCACAUGCAGUGGCGGGAGCCCGCGGCGGCCUGGCGUGCCGGCUUCAUCAUCUACACGGCGGCGCUGGGCUUCUUCGGGCCGCUGCUGGUCAUCUGCCUGUGCUACCUGCUCAUCCUGGUGAAGGUGCGCUCGGCAGGCCGGCGGGGGUGGGCGCCCUCGUGCCAGCGGAGGCGGCGCUCGGAGCGCAGGGUCACGCGCAUGGUGGUGGCCGUGGUGGCGCUCUUCGUCCUCUGCUGGAUGCCAUUCCACGUGCUCAACAUCGUCAACGUGGUGUGCCCGCUGCCUGAGGAGCCCGCCUUCUUCGGCCUCUACUUCCUGGUGGUGGCGCUGCCCUACGCCAACAGCUGCGCCAACCCCAUCCUCUAUGGCUUCCUCUCCUACCGCUUCAAGCAGGGCUUCCGCAGAGUCCUGCUACGGCCCUCCCGCCGCGUGCGCAGCCAGGAGCCUGCUGCGGGGCCUCCGGAGAAGACCGAGGAGGAGGACGAGGAGGAGGAAGGAGACGGGGAGGAGGGGGAGAGCGGGAAGGGCAAGGGCAAGGAGGUGAAUGGCCGGCUCAGCCAGAUCACACAGCCUGGCCCCAGCGGGCAGGAGCGGCCGUCCAGCGCGGCUGCCAGCAAGGAGCAGCAGUCGUUACCCCAAGAGCCCUCGGCUGGGGGGAAGUCCAGCUCACUGCACAUCAGCUACCUGUAG